GUGGUGAAUGGCAUCCUCUCGCUGCUGAGCUCGCCGCACUAUGUGAAGCACCUUUCUUCCUCCACUGGCAGCACGCAAACGGUGGAAAGCAUCUUACACCACAACCGGCAGUUCAACCACUACACGGCUGCUGUGCGCGAGAAGAUCUUUACAGACAUCACCAAUGCGCAGAAAUUCUCGGACAAGCAUUUCGAGCUGUUCCGGCGCAUCCACGACUAUGGAAACAACUGGGACGAAGAAGCCUACUUGUCUUCCACGACAUCUCACGAGGAGCUUGCCUCCGACAUGGGCCGCAUGCGGGAGUUCCAGGCGGAUCUGGACAAGUACAAGCCUCACCACAAUGUUGGCAUCAUCGUCGUCGACGGGCGAACUCUGCGGGCGAGCCUGCAGCCCGUGCCAGAGCGGGGCCUGGCGGCGAUGAAGAAGGCGCUCACGGACAUCGCCCGGCGGAAGUGUCAGGGUGUUUUGCAGCGCUUCGACCAUGCCAACAAGAUUCUGGACGAGCGGCCGAAGAGUUUGACUGCCUAUGCAGACUACGUCAAGGCACCGCUCACGUGGAGGGAGCUGCAAAACGAGAGCAGAGAGCUCGCGGCGGUUCAAAAGCACGCGGAAUUUGACCUGCAGGAUCCCAGCGCCGCUGGGCCUUGGCAGUGCGUGUGCGAGGGGUCGCCCUCUCUUGGGGGCGACGUGUUGAUGGACGUCUCUAGAUUUUUAGCGACGUUCGGUGCGAGAGAUCGUCGAGACUUCGACGACUGCUUCGCUGUGAAAGGUUGGAUGGAGCCUUCAGAAGCAAGGAGGGCUGCGCAGGCGCUGCUGGCUGGCAAAGUCCGCGGCGUCAGGCGGAAGUGGGAGCUGCUCGGCAGCUACUCUGCGGAGAGAACGGAGGAGAUCCUUGCCAGCUUCCGGCUGGGAGCGUCUUUGGCCGAGCGCUGCGGACUUGAGAAAGCAGAAGGACAAAGCUGGCUGGACGCCGUCCGCUUGCUGCGCAGGCGCUCGGAGGAAUUGGACGAAAGCCCGGCAGCGCUUUGGCAACGUGUCGAGCGGCAUCCGAUUGCCGAGUAUGUCCAUGUCCAGUGCCAGAGAGGACGGCAGCUCUUUGUUCCAGGACGCGCAUACUGCAAGAGGCCUUUCGUGCGGGCCGGAUGGUUUCGUGGGCCGCGAGGGGCCGUGGUGUUCGUUUUCCGCUGCCCGGAUUGCGGGUCUGUCUCGCGCUGGUUUCGUGCAACGCACCCGGAGGUGACGUUGAACCCAAAUCGAUGGGGCCGCCUCUGCGGCGAGCAGGAGGACUUGAAGGCCUGGCUCGCGCGGUACUUGGGCGUCCGACUGCGUGUUUGCCUUCCACUGGACUGGGAUCACGUGUGGACCGAAGUCUUCGAUGGGGACUCCUGGCGACCAUUGGAUCCGAACUGUGUCGACUUUGCCAGACGCCUCAACGAGGGCAUUGGCUCCUGGACGCACGUCCUGGCCAUCGGCACUCCAGGCAGUGGGGACAUGGUGGCAGCCACAGAGGAGGUCACGGAGAAGUACCUGCUCAUGGCACAAGCCAGCGACGACGAGGUCACAGCGUGGCGCCGGCAAAUCCACAGUGCGAAGGUAGACCCCACGGGGCAGGCUACGCAGAGCCGGACAAGUCACGGGCACACGCUGCUCUGCGCGGGCCUCAAGGACCACGAGAUCACCGCCGAGCUGCGGGCUGCGCAGCAUGCGUUCGAUGCAGAAAAAAGACAAGCCUUCAACGACAUCAAGAACCAGGAAGCUCAGAUGGAGGAAAUGAGGGAGGAGGUUGAGUCCAUGUACCAGCUACUCCGGCAGUACAACGUGCGCGUCAGUGGAGACGACACAGUGCAGAUGGAGUUCCUACAGACGAAGGGGUCGGACUUUGCUGACCGCAAGCUCAUCGAGGGCAACGCCUACAUUCGGGAGAAGACCGAUGAGAUGGUUGAGAGCUUGAACGGCGUCUCGCAGCUCGCGGAGGAGGAGGCGAAGAAGCUCACGGAGCAGUUGCGGUCCGGCAGCUUCGUCUCGCAGGACAACAUCCAUAGCCCCGAAGUCGUCUUGGAGGAGCUGACCGCAAUCCAGGUCGCCGUCACCAAGCUUGAAGAAAAGGCUGCAAACUACAACGAGUAUCAGGCUCUAUUCUACGUGCCGGUGCAGUUUGAGUUCCAGGAGGUCGAGAAGGCGAAGCAGCUCUUCACCGAGAAGUCUCGCCUGUGGAACCUCAUCAGUGACUGGAAGGCGCAGCUGGAUGUCUGGAAGAAGACCGACAUUACCCAGCUGAAUGUGGAGGAGAUGAACAAAAAGGUCCUGGAGUAUUCGAAGACUGCGUAUCAGCUGACGCGGAGCCUGGAAGGUGACAAGGUGGCCCAGGAAAUCCGGUCCGAGGUCGACGAGUGGAAGGGCAACAUGCCCUGCAUCCUGGACCUCGGGAACCCGGCCUUGAGGGAUCGCCACAGAUUGCGAAUCCGUCAGGAGAUCGACCUCAAGCAAACCGCCGUGUCCCUCACAACCUUGAUUGGGGCCAAGGUCUUCGACAAGAAGGACCACAAGGAGUUCAUUGCUGAAAUUAGCGGCAUCGCCAGCGGAGAGUUUGCCCUCGAGCAGCAGCUCGAGAAGGUCAUCGCGGCCUGGGAGGACAUGCCGCUGCCGGUCCAGAACCAUCGGAACCAGCGGGACCUGUGGAUUCUUGGGGACGUUGGUGACAUCAUCACUCAGCUGGAGGACCACUCGGUGCAAAUUCAGACCAUGAUGGGGUCACGCUUUGUUCGUGGAAUCCGCGAUCGUGUGGAGACUUGGGAGACUAAGAUCAGGCUUGCGUCUGACACCAUCGACGAGUGGCUGCAGGUGCAGCGCGGCUGGAUGUACCUGGAGAGCAUCUUCUCUGCGGAGGACAUCCAAAAGCAGCUCCCAACCGAGUCGGCGAAGUUCAAAGGAGUGGAUAAGUUUUGGAAGGACACGCUGAAGAAGGUGCGCCAAUCCUACCGCAAAGCCAUGGAAGCGUUUCACAUUCCAAAUCUUCUCGCGGGCGGAGCGCCUGGCAGGGUUGGUUCAAGCGGUUGGGACUGGUCUCCAUAG